AUGAGAAACAAGAAUACUCUCGACAAAAUACAUUGCAUGAAUUUCAAUCAAGAUUGUGGAUGCUUUGCUGUGGGUCAUGAGCAUGGAUUCUUAGUUUACAACACAGAUCCUUUGGAAUUAAAGGUAAAACGGGACUUUACCAAUAGCAUUCGUCUGGCCAAUCUGUCACAACACCCUUUAUACCCACCGCGUUCUUCAUCUUCAUUAGCAUCGAAUUCGUCUAAAUCAACAACAGUGGAGCUGCGACAAAAUAAAAGUUCUCGUAUCGGUAGCACCCUUGGUGAUACUGCUAAAGGUAUUAAUAAGGUCAACUAUGGUAGUGGUGGUGAAGGUGGAGAUGUACAAACAGAAGAUCCAGGGUCAGAUAAGAACAGGAUUGGCUCUCAAAUUAAACGCGAGCCAAUAGCUGAAUUCGGUGAUUACGGGUCAUCAAUUGGACAUGUAACCAUGUUAUACAGAACAAAUUACCUUGCACUCAUUGGAGGGGGUGUUCAUGCACGAUUUCCACCAAAUAUGUUGAUCAUAUGGGACGAUCUAAAGAGAAAAAUCAGCUUACAAGAAGCAUUCGCAAACCCAAUACUCAAUGUUCUCUUAUCAAGAACCAAGAUUAUUGUAGUAUUGGUUGAUGAAUUGUACAUAUACGAGUUUACAACACCAUUAAAGAAACUAUACACAUAUAAAACACAUCCUCAAAAUGAGCAGGGGUUGGCAAGUCUAGUCACAACAAGUGCUGGUGGAAACCGCUUCAAUGCUCAGUACACGAAAAGUACUGCUCUGGGGGUUGUGGUUCACAAUAGUACUACAGUGGCAUUUCCAGGGAAAGCAACGGGCCAAAUACAAAUUGUUGUUUUGAACAAUCAAACUGAUGAUUCCAAUACAUCUGUAAAGAACAACAAUUUAUAUGUACAACAAUUGUCACUGUCAGUGCCACCAACACCACCACCACCACCACAACAACAACAACAACAACAACAACAACAACAACAACAACAACAACAACAACAACAACAACAACAACAACAAGCACCAUUGUUGUCCCCAUCAAAAGCAUCAUCAAACUCUUCCACUUCCACUUCUAUUCCAGCUGUUGUUGCUGCUGCUGCUGUUAGUACUCUGGUACCUCCGACUGUCACUAUCAUUCGAGCCCAUAAAUCAGCUAUUCACAAUAUAUGUCUCAACAAUCUCGGUACAAUGGUGGCAAGUGCGUCUAUCACCGGUACAAUUAUUCGAAUCCACUCAACCGAGACAACAAACUUGUUAUAUGAAUUCAGACGUGGCUUAGACAAGGCAGAGAUUACAUCGAUGGAGUUCAGUCCUGAUGGUAACAAAUUGGCAGUCAUAUCAGACAAAUACACAUUGCACAUAUACUCUUUGGAUGACCAAUUUGCAAAUGGUGCCGACCAAGCUACAUAUGGUACACAUAAGACACUGGCUGUUCAACAUUCACAUGGCAACUCUGAUUCUCCAAUGCAAAAUAACAAAGAACAUGUACUCAGCAGAUAUAUCUCGAGAAUCCCAUCGCGCAUCGUUCCUCAAUACUUCAAAAGCACUUGGAGUUGCUGCAGUGUCAAUACUGGCAAAUACCAUCCGAAUGAAACCGUAUUGGAUAAAGGAACACUUGGGUGGCUAGAUUCCGAUACGGUGGUUAUACUUUGGCCAGUUAAGCAAUUAGUAGAAAAAUACAUGAUCAUUAAGGAUAGCUCAGGAACUAUAAACAGUAGUGAUAUUGACGAUACAGUUGUGCAACAAAAGCACCGAUGGAAGCUCAUUAGAGUAAGCUGGAAAACCUUGGAACUUUCAUAA